CACAACAGCCUCCAAAGACCCCAACCAUGUCCCAGAAAAUCACCGGCAAAAACCUGCACUACGACCAGUCCCUCCCGCCCUUCCUCGCCCGCCUCAAAGGCCAGCAUACUGUCGACGCAGACUCGCCCGACCCCAUCCUCGCCUCCCGCCGGAGGGCAGCCAAGCCACGGUCCGCGAGCGAGGAGGCUGAAGAUGCGCCUGUCAUCGUCGACGACGACGGCAAUGUUGUGUCGGGGAUGAGGGUGGGCGUUGACGGGACAGUUACAGGAGGCCCGGGAGACGUGGACGGGGAGAACGAUACAGAAGGGCAAUUGGAGAAGGACGAGAAGCAGCGGAAAGAGGAGGACGAGGAGCAAGGGCAGAAGAAGAAGGACACAGAAGCAGCUGCCAUUGGAGGGUCGAAGAAGCGAAAGGCGGGCAGGGUGAUUGGUGCCAAUGCUGAGGAUGAGGUCAAUGAUGAUGUCUCUUCAAGAGACUUAAAGCAAGCCUCUGCCGAGGACGGCGCUGGAGCUGCGGCGAAGAAACGCGAUACAAAGAACAAGGGGCCAGAAAAGGGGAAAAAGAAGGCCAAGAAGAUCAAGCUGAGCUUCGGCGGCGACGUGGAUGGUGAUGAUGGAUGAUGAUGGGGUCUGAGGCUGCCCAUGCGAGGCCUUCUGGCCUGAUCAACAACAUUCCUGCGACGGACGCGCCGCGCCGCGCCGUACCACAAGCACACUGCCACCAUUCAUGAAGCGGAGAUGGGACACACAGAAGCCCCUACGUCCUCCAUCUAUGGAGGCGCUCAGCUCUACCGUGCGAGGGCCACGCAGCUUGAUGGCAUCGGUUGUAUCUGUGGUGUGAUUGGGUGUGUUUUACGCCUAUGGCUCCCUUGAGGGAGGGUAUCAUCUAUUCAUAUGUAUCCAUAUAUAUGCAUAUCUUCGCCUUUUUCUUCACACAGCCAAGAUAGGUCCCAAACAACUCGCGACUAGCCCGCGGGGGCCGCCUGCCUGGUUGCACUCAACCAAGAGCCCGCCCACUAUCUGCCUGAAAGCUGCUCACCUCCACUGCUUCCGCCGUCCGUUUGUACUGCUCUAUGCAGUAAACACCCCCUCCCACCUCGUGUGGGUGGAGGUGAUGAUUUCCCUGUUCUGCCACAUGCAUCUCGAUCCCCAUGCGCCGGUUGGUAGGCAUUGGGGAGAGGCUGAGCAUUUCACUGCCAACGGCGUCGUUGACAGUUGCCAUCGUGGAUCAGGUGAUGAUGGCGGAUGGUGUUGGUUUUGUUGGUAUGUAGAGUAGUAUGUGUGUAGGUGUGUGUCACAGGAUGCUCACCCAAAUAACCUAGGGUCGAUAUUCGCAUCUCGUCUCGUGGAAAUCGAGUCAGGCGUCGCUGGUGCAUCCUCGGAACCACACGAGUCCUCCGUGCCGCUCGAAUCUCCAUCAUAGCAGUCCUGCUGGUGGCCCGGGCAUGAUGUGCAACCGAUGGCAGCCUGUAGAGCCCUCGAGACUAUCUCUGUCCGGUCUAGUCCGGCCAGGUUCGGCCUGGCAAGCUGGUGCCCUAGGCUUUGACUUCUCUGGGGGGCCGGGGACUCGAUUUUCGCGUAGAGCCCCUGCAAGCUGCUGAUGGACGAUCUUAGUAGGUCCUCCCACUCUCUUGUCGACCGGUCACCCUUCAUCGGGGUCCUCAGGGCAGCGCGCUUCUUCUCGACCCGGGCGGAGGGCUGUGCGCCUGGAAUAUGUAGGAUUGUGCGGCGGCCCAUGUUGCCCUGACGAGCCGACCAUGUCUUCAUGUUGAGCGCAGGAUGUGUCAGGAAGAGUUGAGCUGGUUGUUUUGUUCGCUCCAGACGGAGCUGCUCGCCGAGGAUGUGUUGUCGAGCCCAGUCCUGCCCAGGUCCGGACUGGACAAUCAUGGGGACGUGUGAGGGUGAUAUGCACUCCAUGGCUAGUUUGUCUUGGGGGAGGGAAAGAGAUGGGAUGUGCCUCGGUAAUAUCUGGGCUGGUGGGUGCUUUUCG